GAAAGCCGAGCUCUGAUUGGACGAGCCCGGCGAGGUCCCGCCCCUGUGCUGUUCAUCAGUAACCCCUCCGCCCGGUCUCUCUCUCCAUCUCUGCCCUCUACGACAGCAGCUCUGCAUCUCUCUUCUGCCUCCUGCACGGCGAAACAACCCGACUCAGUCAACAUGACUCAUGCGUGUCCCUUUCUGAGUACUGAGCAGAAGAAGGAGCUCAGUGAUAUCGCUCAGAGGAUCGUAGCUGCUGGAAAAGGCAUCCUGGCAGCCGAUGAAUCCACAGGCAGCAUGGCCAAGCGCUUCCAGGGCAUCAACGCCGAGAACACGGAGGAGAACCGGAGGCUUUACCGCCAGCUCCUCUUCACCGCCGACGAGCGGGUCAACCCCUGCAUCGGCGGCGUCAUCUUCUUCCACGAGACCCUCUAUCAGAAGACGGACGACGGCAAGCUCUUCCCCCAGCUGAUCAAAGAGAAGGGCAUGGUAGUGGGCAUCAAGGUGGACAAGGGUGUGGUUCCCCUCGCUGGCACCAACGCUGAGACCACCACUCAAGGUCUGGAUGGACUCUACGAGCGCUGUGCUCAGUACAAGAAGGACGGCGCCGACUUUGCCAAGUGGCGAUGCGUGUUAAAGAUCACCCCCAACACCCCGUCCGAGCUGGCCAUCAAGGAGAACGCCAAUGUGCUGGCCCGCUACGCCAGCAUCUGCCAGAUGCAUGGCAUUGUGCCCAUCGUGGAGCCCGAGAUUCUUCCAGACGGUGACCACGACCUGCAGCGCUGCCAGUAUGUGACUGAGAAGGUGUUGGCAGGUGUCUACAAGGCACUGUCCGACCACCACGUCUACCUGGAGGGCACGCUGCUCAAACCCAACAUGGUGACUGCCGGGCACUCCUGCUCUAAAAAGUACGCCCCUCAAGAGAUCGCCAUGGCAACUGUUACCGCCCUGCGCCGCACCGUGCCCCCCGCGGUGCCAGGUGUGACCUUCCUGUCAGGUGGUCAGAGUGAGGCAGAGGCCACCAUCAACCUGAACGCCAUCAAUAAGUGCGCACUGCACAAGCCCUGGGCUCUCACCUUCUCUUUCGGCCGGGCCCUGCAGGCCUCUGCACUGAAGGCCUGGGGAGGCAAGAAGGAGAACGGCAAGGCCUGCCAGGAGGAGUACAUCAAGAGAGCUCUGAAUAACAGCAAGGCAGCUCUGGGGAAGUACGAGGCCUCUGGAGAGCAGGGAGCAGCUCAGGAGUCUCUGUUUGUGGCCGACCACGCCUACUGAAGUCAGCCAGGCUGCUUCAUCCCCACCUCAACCCAGUCACCGCACUCCUCCCUACCACACCACCCAGUCACACAGAUUAACCAACCAGUUAGUGAUGAGAGCCUAAUGAGUUCCUGGAUAGAAACGCAUUAGGAUUUGAAAAAGAUGACGACCAUUACGACGGAGUAUUAGGGCCACAUCGAGGGAAAAAAAUUAAAAUCUGAGAUUUUGAGAAUAAAGUCAUAAUAUUACGAGAAAAAAAGUCGUAAUAUUACAAGAAUAAAAUCAUAA